AUGUCGAGCAUGAAGGGUAGCCCAAAUGAUGAUAGACUUCGCUCCAGAUUGGACACAGCGACUAACGAUAGCAUGAUGGUUGGAAAUUACAAUAGCGGUAAUAAGAGAAACAGGCAGAAUUUGGUGCUUUCAACUUCAUUUGUAUCUACCCAAAAACUAGCCAAUGCUCCCACUUCUCCCGCAAGUCCACUGCAAGCAAGAAGGCCUCGAACCAGCGUGAGUAAGGCCCUAUUAGCCCUGAGGAAUGAGAUUAAUGAGUUGCAGCAACAGUUGGUGCAGGCUAGAAAGGGCAAGGAGAAUGCAGAACGAAUACGAGACUCGGCGACAUCUGAAAUAUACAAGGGGGCCUACUCAACUGAUCAUCUGCAUAAACAUUCGAUGAGAAUCCGAGCGAAUAGCCAAAUUCGAGAUAUGGACAAGGUAAUAAGGAAGCUGGAGCGACAGAUUGCUGAUUUGAAGCACCAGCAUGAGCAGUCUAAGAGAUUGAAGGAUCUGGGGAAGCUGCCCGAUAGAUUGCAAGUUAAAAUGAUGAACCAUGGCUCGCUGGAGAACGUUGGUCGGCAACAAAGUAGCUCCAGUCUGAGUACGUUUGGGAAUGGAGAUGCAGCAGAUUCUAAAAGAGAUCAUGUUGCAGAUGAGGAGGAUGAGGAAGACGAAGAGGACGAAGAGGAUGAAGAAGAAGAAGAAGUGCAACUCAGACAUGCACACAAGAAUGACGAGGCACGUUCCCUGGGGAGUUCUUCUGCCCGAAUAAGUUCAGCGGCUAGUACUACAUUUAAUACCUCCCAUAUUGAGACCGCAACUUGGCUUGUAAGUGACUACAUGCAAAGUUUACAGGAUACGAGCUUAAGUCCAGGGCUUGUGUUGAAAAAGGCUAACGGCCUGGUGUCGUUGCUUAAGGAACAGCCCGAAAUCAGAAAAAACUUAGUUUUACACUCAUUCAUGCCAUCUAUGCAGGCCCUUUUGCUUAGCGGCGACAAAAUCAUAGCCGCUGCCGCAUACAGAGUUUGCAGAUAUCUUAUUACAGACGCAGCAUUCGUGGAAUGGUUAUUCCAACUUCAUUUUGAUGCCUUUAUCGUCGUGUCUUUAGCCAAAGAGAACGUGUAUCAUGUCGAGAGAGAACAAGCACUCAAAUUCGUAAGAGCAUUCAUAGAUAUAAAUGCACGGAUCCCGAAAGAAAUACUUCAGGCUGUAAUAAGUUGCAUUGAGAAGCAAGAUGACAAGUUGAGGCAUGCAGCGCUGGAAACGUUACUCGAGCUUUGCUUUAUUGCUCCGGAUGCGGUGAAUGACUGCCAGGGCAUGAGGGUAUUGGAGGCAGCCUUGAGAGACUACUCUCAUUUUUCGGUCGCGUCCAUUAUCCUGGAUACAGUUCUGCAAUUAAUGUCGUCAAAUUCCACAAGACAGUACGUCUUAAAGGAUUUUGAUAUUUCAGUGCUUAUAACGGUAUUCUCUGACACCAACACAAAAGCUUCUUUUCAAGUGGAAAGAAUGCGAAAUGCUUCACUUCUUCUCGCUAAAGCGUUGAAAGACUAUAACGGAUUGAUGCUUUUCUCGAUUGAUAAUUUCAAGCCCUUAAAAGCACUAUUAUCGUUCUUCCAGAUUCCAUUUUGUGCCCAAUAUUUAAUUGACGUCUUUCUGGAUGUGUUGCGCAUCAAGAAAAUAUUCUACAAAGAUCCUAAAGGUUCAUUUGAUCUGGUGCCGUCUCAGUUCGUUGAGGAAUCUAUGCUCGUUAAUCAACAUACAGCUUUGCUUGUGCUCAUACUGCAUCGCAGUGGCUUCGUGGAACAAGUGAUGAAGCUAAUUGACAAGAAUAAGGAGAAUGACGUUAGGGCUAUGUUAGUCUCCAAAGUAAGGUACUUGCUGAGCGAGUUCCUUAAUUUGGCAAUGAAUCUUCUAGGUAUGAAUGUUUCGUUUGCCAACGAAGUGGCGCCGCCCUGCAACGCUGCACUUUAUGAGGAAGCCUUUGAGUUCUGCAAAAUGUCCAGUAAUGUGAAUAAAAGUCGAAAUACCUUAGGCAUGGCAACAAUAGAUUAUCGCAAAAAUGUGAAGAACUUUUCCCAGAACAUCAAAGGCAGCAAAAUGGGACGUAAAUUUGACGAUUUGAAAUUCAGAAAGAUGGUCUAUGAUUCGAAAGUUCUGCAAACGAAAGAUUUCUCGAAGUGGAAUUGGAAUCUGAUAUUGGAAUUAGUGGAAGGUCCGUUGCGCAAUGUUAAGCAGUUGGAUGAACUUGCGAGAUCCACCAAGUUUAUCAGGCGACUGCUGGUCUUUUACAGACCUCUAAGAAUGAGGUUUUCUGCCAUCAACAAAGGCACACGUCAAUCUCAGAGGUACGUGGAGGUAGGUUGUCAGUUCUUUCGAAUGCUCACAGCCACUGGGGUUGGCACGAAGAUCCUGAUGGAUGAUACAAAGAUUAUAUCCCAACUCGCCUCAUUGCUUUAUCGUGCCAUGGAAGGGCAUACAACAGGCAAUAUAAUUAAUAACAGCACUCUGGAUACUAAGCUUAUUUCUGGGUAUUUUAAGUUUAUUGGUGUGCUCACCCAAUCAUCUAAUGGUAUCAUGGUCCUGAAACGUUGGAAUUUCUUCACUGUGUUUUACAAAAUGUUCGAUUGCGAUUCCCCUUUGUCACUUCGAUUUUUACAACUAACUUUGCCGGAGCUUGGUCUGAAAUAUUCUGGUCAUUGCAAGACCAUCAUCGGAAAGGCUCUUGUCAUCUCAAAUGAGGAGAUCAGAGUUAGGGCCACAGAAAACUUAGCUGAUAAACUGAAAGAAGUAUACGAUUCUAAUCAAGAUAGCGGCAAUUUUGGAAUAAUCCAUGACAGAAAGAGCUUACAAAAGUACGUCAUUGACAUGCUAACACGACAACUCUACGACCUCAGUCCGAAAGUGGUUGCUGCGGCAGACCAAGCUUUAUAUGAUUGUAUCAUGGCGGAGGAAUGCUCUCAGGAGACGAUUUCUUCGCUUAAGACUUCACUUAAGCAAAUGGUUUUCAUACGAUCGCCCUUGCUCUUCGAGCUCUUGGGAACGCCUUAUGGUUUUAAGCUAUUGAAUAGCAUUGACUUUGUCGAAGCAGAAAGAAAGUCCUGGUUAGAGUCGAAAAACAGAGAGUUUGUUUCAUAUAUUGAGGGAUUCCUAACUAUAGAUGAUUAUGACCCUUCGACCUACGCAUCGCAUAAAGACCAUCAGACGAAAAGGCUACCACAACAUUUCUAUGGCAGUCUUGCUAAAACUGAAGAUGGUAUAGCCCUCAUUAGCAAAGGUGGUGAUCUUCUAACUUUCAUCAGUACGAUUAAAAAAUAUACAUCUGACUCAGAUGCACAGAAACCUGAAAAUCAAGAUCAAGCCAUGGACGUCAAAUCGGCACUGUGGUGUGCCGGUUAUAUAGGCUCUACCACGCUGGGCAUCGGGUUGCUCGACAAUUUCGAAGUUGUUAAAGAGAUUAUCAAAAUCUCCUACCAGGCCAGCGAAACAACGGUGAGAUUCACAGCAUUUUUCGCUUUAGGGUUAAUGAGCAGGACCCAGGAAGGAUGCGAAAUUUUAGAUGAAAUGGGCUGGUGCUGCUGUCUGAACGUCCAAGGAAACGCUAUGGGAAUCACAUACCCAAAGAGAUUGGAUAAAUUUCUAUCCUUCAAAGAAAUGCCGUGGUCCAUGCAGGACAAUUACAAAGAGGAAAUGAUCGAGUUCGAUGCAGUGCAUGGCGAAUUGGUUGGCGAAGUCGAACCGAUAAAUUUUAACCUCGAUCUAUUACUGACAGAGAAAGAUAUGAUAGACAACCCGUUGAACGACGACACCACGGAGGAGCCAACAGGAAAUGCAGAAAGGCUCCUCUUACAGGAGCAAGCCUAUAGAACGAAGCAGCUACAUACCGCCGAAGAAGACAAAAUUCUGAGUGAAAUCCUUGAAGCCGUCAGUCAACUCGGCAACCACAUCCUGUCCAAUAACGCCAUAAAGGAGAUCACAAACAUGAACCACAGAUAUGGACCAAAACUAUUCGAAAGCGAAGUCGUGUUCUUCAAGAUCAUGGAGAUGAUGGCCCAGUUCAGGUUCAAACCACACGUUCGAAAGUUCCUCUGUGGUCUAUUCAUCAACGAAAAAGCCCUGGAAAACGUUAUAAGGCAUGACAGAAAGAGAGCUUAA